GCCACGCUCGAGAACGCUCAGGGCGGCGGGAGAGCGGCGGGGCCGGAGGUCACAGCAGCACCAGCUCCCGGCGGCCAGGCGGGCAGAAGCCCCCAGCCCUCGGCCCCCGCGCAAGCGACGCCGGGAAAUGCCCACAUCCGGGAAACCUGCCGCGGAGUGCGGCGGCGACUCGGAGUGGAAGGCAAAAUGGCGGCGGUAGCAGUGGCCUGGUGCUGAGGGGAGAGCCAGGUCCUCGCGACCCCCGCGACUGGCCGCGCUGGCCUGCGGCAGCUCGCCGGCAUCUCCCCGCACCCUGCCGCACCGGGGAUAUUUGGGGACCUUGAGACGGGUUCCGGCCGCCUCGGUGCCCGCCCUCGGGCCUGUGACCGCUGUCCAGGAGCCCUCCUCUCUUCUGCAGAGUAAUUUAGAUUGUAAGGAAUUUUAAUAUUCCUGGGAACGUCUUCAAAGGAUCAUUUUUACUUUUGCUCAAAAGAAAACUCUGAAUCUAUCAAGUAGUUUAAAGAACUCUUUUGUGUGGGUUACACAUAUAGAUGUUUUCAUGAAGAGGAGUGAAAAGCCAGAAGGAUAUAGACAAAUGAGGCCUAAGACCUUUCCUGCCAGUAACUACACUGGCAGCAGCCGGCAAAUGCUGCAAGAAAUUCGGGAAUCCCUUAGGAAUUUAUCCAAACCAUCCGAUGCUGCUAAGGCUGAGCAUAACAUGAGCAAAAUGUCAACUGAAGAUCCUCGACAAGUCAGAAAUCCACCCAAAUUUGGGACACAUCAUAAAGCCUUGCAGGAGAUUCGAAACUCCUUACUACCAUUUGCAAAUGAAACAAGUUCUUCUUCCCAGAGUACCUCAGAAGUCAAUCCACAAAUGCUUCAAGACUUGCAGGCUGCUGGAUUUGAUGAGGACAUGGUUAUACAAGCUCUUCAGAAAACUAAUAACAGAAGUAUAGAAGCAGCAAUUGAAUUCAUUAGUAAAAUGAGUUAUCAAGAUCCUCGAUGGGAACAGAUGGCUACAGCAGCUGCCAGACCUAUUAAUGCCAGCAUGAAGCCAGGGAGUGUACAACAAUCAGUUAACCGCAAACAAAGCUGGAAAGGUUCUAAAGAAUCCUUAGUUCCUCAGAGACAUGGCCCACCACUAGGAGAAAGCGUGGCCUAUCAUUCUGAAAGUCCCAACUCGCAAACAGACGUAGGAAGACCUUUGUCUGGAUCUGGUAUAACGGCAUUUGCUCAGCCUCAUCCUAGCAAUGGACAGAGAGUAAACCCACCACCACCACCUCAAGUAAGGAGUGUCACUCCUCCACCACCUCCAAGGGGCCAGACUCCCCCUCCAAGAGGCACAACUCCACCUCCCCCUUCAUGGGAACCAAACUCUCAAACAAAACGCUAUUCUGGGAAUAUGGAAUAUGUAAUCUCCCGAAUCUCUCCUGUUCCACCUGGGGCAUGGCAGGAAGGCUAUCCUCCACCACCUCUUAACACUUCACCCAUGAAUCCUCCUAAUCAAGGACAGAGAGGAAUCAAUUCUGUUCCUGUUGGCAGACAACCAAUCAUCAUGCAGAGUUCUAGCAAGUUUAACUUUCCACCAGGGAGAUCUGGAAUUCAGAAUGGUAAUGGUCAAACUGAGUUUAUGAUACAUCAAAAUGUUGUCCCUGCUGGCACUGUGAAUCGGCAGCCACCCCCACCAUAUCCUCUGACCCCAACUAAUGGACAAAGCCCUUCUGCUCUACAAACAGGGGGAUCUGCUGCUCCUUCAUCAUAUACAAAUGGAAAUGUUCCUCAGUCUAUGAUGGUGCCAAACAGAAAUAGUCAUAACAUGGAACUGUAUAACAUUAAUGUACCUGGACUGCCAACAAAUUGGCCACAGUCAUCUUCUGCUCCAGCCCAGUCAUCCCCGAGCAGUGGGCAUGAAAUCCCUACAUGGCAAUCUAACAUACCAGUGAGGUCAAAUUCUUUUAAUAACCCGUUAGGAAGUAGAACAAAUCACUCUGCUAAUUCUCAGCCUUCAGCUACAACUGUCACUGCAAUCACACCAGCUCCUAUUCAACAACCUGUGAAAAGCAUGCGUGUUUUAAAACCAGAGCUACAGACUGCGUUGGCACCUACCCACCCUUCUUGGAUACCACAACCAACUCAAACUGUUCAACCCAGUCCUUUUCCUGAGGGUACCAAUUCAAAUGUGACUGUCAUACCACCUGUUGCUGAAGCUCCAAACUAUCAAGGUCCACCACCACCUUAUCCAAAACAUCUCCUACACCAGAACCCGUCUGUUGCACCAUAUGAAUCAGUAAAUAAAUCUAGCAAAGAGGAUCAGCCUAGCUUGGCCAAAGAUGAUGAGGGUGAAAAAAAUUAUGAAAAUGUUGACAGUGGGGACAAAGAAAAGAAACAGAUUACAACUUCACCUAUCACUGUGAGGAAAAACAAGAAAGAUGAAGAGCGAAGAGAAUCCCGUAUUCAAAGUUAUUCCCCUCAGGCAUUUAAAUUCUUUAUGGAGCAACACGUAGAAAACGUACUCAAAUCUCAUCAACAACGUCUACAUCGUAAAAAACAAUUAGAGAAUGAAAUGAUGCGGGUUGGAUUAUCUCAAGAUGCCCAGGAUCAAAUGAGAAAGAUGCUUUGCCAAAAAGAAUCUAAUUACAUCCGUCUUAAAAGGGCUAAAAUGGACAAGUCUAUGUUUGUGAAGAUAAAGACACUAGGAAUAGGAGCAUUUGGUGAAGUUUGUCUAGCAAGAAAAGUAGAUACUAAGGCUUUGUAUGCAACAAAAACUCUCCGAAAGAAAGAUGUUCUGCUUCGAAAUCAAGUCGCCCAUGUUAAAGCUGAAAGAGAUAUCCUGGCUGAAGCUGACAAUGAAUGGGUAGUUCGUCUGUAUUAUUCAUUCCAAGAUAAGGACAAUUUAUACUUUGUAAUGGACUACAUUCCUGGGGGUGAUAUGAUGAGCCUAUUAAUCAGAAUGGGCAUUUUUCCAGAAAAUCUGGCACGAUUCUAUAUAGCAGAACUUACCUGUGCAGUCGAAAGUGUUCAUAAAAUGGGUUUUAUUCAUAGAGAUAUUAAACCUGAUAACAUUUUGAUUGAUCGUGAUGGUCAUAUUAAAUUGACUGACUUCGGCCUCUGCACUGGCUUCAGAUGGACGCAUGAUUCUAAGUACUAUCAAAGUGGUGACCAUCCACGGCAAGAUAGCAUGGAUUUUAGUAAUGAAUGGGGUGAUCCCUCAAACUGUAGAUGUGGAGAUAGACUGAAACCACUAGAGCGGAGAGCUGCACGUCAGCACCAACGAUGUCUAGCACAUUCUUUGGUUGGAACUCCCAAUUAUAUUGCACCUGAAGUGUUGCUACGAACAGGAUACACACAGUUGUGUGAUUGGUGGAGUGUCGGUGUUAUUCUUUUUGAAAUGUUGGUGGGACAGCCUCCUUUCCUGGCAAAAACACCAUUAGAAACACAGAUGAAGGUUAUCAACUGGCAAACAUCUCUUCACAUUCCACCACAAGCUAAACUGAGUCCUGAAGCUUCUGAUCUUAUUAUCAAACUUUGCCGAGGACCAGAAGAUCGCUUAGGCAAGAAUGGUGCUGAUGAAAUAAAAGCUCAUCCAUUUUUUAAAACAAUCGAUUUCUCUAGUGACCUGAGACGUCAGUCUGCUUCAUACAUUCCUAAAAUCACACACCCAACAGAUACAUCUAAUUUUGAUCCUGUUGAUCCUGAUAAGUUAUGGAGUGAUGAUAAUGAGGAAGAAAAUGUAAAUGACACUCUCAACGGAUGGUAUAAAAAUGGAAAGCAUCCUGAACAUGCUUUCUAUGAAUUUACCUUUCGGAGAUUUUUUGAUGACAACGGCUACCCAUAUAAUUACCCAAAGCCUAUUGAAUAUGAAUACAUUAAUUCACAAGGCUCCGAGCAACAAUCAGAUGAAGAUGAUCAACACCCAGGCUCAGAGAUCAAAAAUCGAGAUCUAGUAUAUGUGUAACAACACUAGUAAGUAAUUGUAAACAGGAUUUGCAAAAGGGCCUGAAAUGCAAAGUUUUUUGAGAUUCUUGACAGGAAAAUUAUAGAAAUGCAACAGAGCUGUGUAUCUUAGCUCUGUGUAUAAUAUCUUAUUUUCCUAAAUUAUGGAAAAUCUUUUAAAAUCUUAAUUUAUUCCAGUCUUUUAAAUCAGUAAUUUAGAAAAGAAUUGUUAUACAGCAAGUAAAUUAUGAACUGAAUAUUUUAGUCAGUUCUUAGUACUUAAAGUACUUAAAAAAUAGUGCUUUGUUUAAUAAAAGGGGAAGCUUAGUAUCUAUUUGUAUAUAUGCUAAAUAAUUUUAAAAGACAAGAGUUUUUGAAAUUUUUUGAAAGACAGUUUAGUUUUAUCUUGCUUUAACCAAAUAUGAAACAUACUCCAUAUUUACAGAGCUCUCCCCACCCCCAUAACCUUGGUUUUGAUACAAAAUAAGCUAGAGAAAUUAAGCCAUCAUUUUGGUAUGUGUUCUUAGGCUAAUGAUAAUCUUUGUAAUUCACAUCCUGGCACAAAGAAAUAUAAGGUUGAAACAUUGUUAAUAUGUUUAUCAGAGUGAAAAAUAAUUCAGUUUAUUUUUUCCCCUCCCUUGGUGGUAUAUUUAAUCUUCUAGCAUUUAUUUCUCAAGAAUUACUAUCUUUAAACAAAGCCAAAGCACAAUGAGUUUUCUUUUCAUAUUGGUAUUUUUAAUGCUGCUUCCAGUUGUAAAAGGGAACAAAGCUGCCAUAAAUUAACAUUUUCAAAUACUAAAAGCUAAAGUCUUUCAUAUUUUACUUUGAAAUGAAAAAAAAAGUUUACCCUCCAUCCUAAGCAGAGAAAUUAUUUUCAGUUUCGUAUAAAACUUAGAUUAGAAAGUUGGUAGUCAUUAGAAAGGAACUUUUCUAUUUAGUGACUAGUUUUGAUUUUGUUGUCAACGUUAUAAGUUUCCUCUUUCAGAACAGUGUUGCAUACAUAGAUUGUUAUUGGCAAUGGAGAAUCUGGCUAUUGGCAAUAUUUUAUCUAAGGACAGAUUAACUGAUGGAAAAAUUAACUCUUGAGAUGGACACAAGUAAUUAGGAAAAGCUAUAUAGUGGUUUUAGUAGAAAAUUCAAGUCCUCUUAUUUGAAGUCAAAUAAUAUGUUUUUCAACAUAUCUAUUAUAUGUAAUAAUGCUGAAGUUCUAAAGAAGACUAAUGGUUUCAAACCAAAAUACAUGUAGCUUAUAUUUUUUUUAGCAAGGGGAAAAGGGCUCUAUUCUGACCAUAGUAAAGUUUGUAUUUUAUUUUGUUUCCUUUUCUCAUGGAAUUGAUUUAUCAAAACCUAUUUGUGAAGAAGAGGUGUACUUUGAGUGAUUUUCAAACUUUUAACUUUCUUCAUAUAAAAGCUAAUUGGAAACCAUAUAUAUAGUAAAAUUAAACACAGAGCUGUUCAGCUAAAUGGGAGGGGCUAAGAAUAUUCACUCACAUUUCCCACCUUUCUACAGAUGGCCCUCUCAGUUCAGCUUCAAAACCACUGCCGCGUUUUCAUAGAAUUUUGGGAGUCACUGGUUCUUUUCAGAGUCUGAUGAAAGCUAGGAACUCUCUUUUCCCAGGGAAAAGAAAAUGCACACCAACACACAGACAUAGUGUUGCAUGCUAUUUCAGGGGAUUCUGGAUAUGUUGAGACCUACCACAGGCUCUCGGUUAAGGACCUGUGUCCUAUAAGAAAAUCGUUUUAUUAACCUAAGAACUUUUGCUUUUAAUUUACUGAUUAGUACAAAGAAUAGCAUAUUUUAUAUAAACACUGAUAAGUUUGUGAUGAAAAAGGUGUAUAGCAUGUGAUAAAAUGUCCUUACAAAUGCCUCUCUCUUGCUGGGACAACACUAAGGUGUUUUAAAUACACCAACACCAUUUUGAGGGCACUGAGAUGUUUGGCUCAUUACAGCCUUAAUACAGAAAAGUUUCUGAAGGAUUUCUAAGAGAAUUGUAAAAAGUGCAUUGUUAUGAGAUGGCAGUCUUCACUUCAUGGAAUAUUUGAUUAGUCCCAUAAAAUCCUAUGCUAAACAAAGUAAUUAGUUCAAGAAUUUUUAGCUUGUUACAUAAGAUGUCCCUCUUGCUCUUUGGGCUUUUCCAGUCAGAUUUAUUUAAAUUUCAUUUAGUUGUUUUAUUUCUGGACUAUGGUGCAAUACAGUAGAAAAUAACUUUGUUACAUUUAUGUUGUAGGAAAACUAAGGUGCUGCCUCCUCCACUCUCCCUUCCCACAAAAUCUGUAUUGCCGCUGUUGUCAAAUGUAACAGACACUACAAAUUUUGUAUUCUUUUAGAAUUUCCUCUGGCAGUAGAAACCUUCUGUGUAUAUCUGAAGCACAAGAUAUCUGGUAUCUGUAAUUUUAAUAGUUCAGAUAUACUUAUUAGCUUUCUUAUUCCUGAACUAUAUCCAGUUUUUCCAGUAUGAAAUCUGGUGCUUCCUGACCAAAAAUAUAAGAAUAAAAACAUAAAAAAAUAUAGAUGCUUCAAUUGAAAUGGAGUGAAAACAUAGGUUUUACAUGUUUUCUUUUUAAAAUAAUUCUCAUUCAUUAAAAAACUUGCUGUCUUUCUUAUACUUACCCCUUUUUGUGCAUAUCAAUAGUAUUUAUAAAAUAUGUUCUAUAAUUACAUUAUUGUAGAUACUGUUAUGUAUUGUCCACUGAUAUUAUAAGGCAGGCCCUAUUGCUGUAUCUUUUCUACCUUCUUAUUUGUAAUAGAAACUAUAGAAUGUAUAACUAAGAAGUCACUUUGAGAUUGACUUUUUAAAAAGUUAUUACCUUCUGCUGUUGCAAAGUACAAAACUGUGAGUGGAAAUGUUUUAUUCUGACUUAAUAAUAUGUUAGUAAUUAGUGAAUACAGUGGGAGGAUUUUUAGACAUUGCUGCUGCUGUUACCCAAGGUACUUUAGAAAAAAAAAUUUUAAUAAGCAAAAAUAAACAGAAAUCCCUUUGAUAUUUAAAGUGAAACAUUUAGCCUGUUCAUUUUAAUCUAAAGCAAAAGUAAUUUGGGUCAACAUACUGGUAUAUUUGUAAAAUGCCUUAAUAUAUCCUUUUGUGAAAGGCGCUACACAGUUUACUUUUAUAUUGUAUUGUGUAUAUAUGUAUUUUGUAUUAAAAUUGAAUCAAUGGCAACACUAUAGUUUUAUAAAAUCAUGCUUUCUUAGAAAAGGAAUUAUAGCUUUGCAAUAUAACUAAAUUGAUUUGCAUACUUCUGAAUGUAAUAGAUCUGAAUAAUCAGCCUGUGUUUUUAAUUAAUCUAUUUGUAUAUUUCCAAUCAUUUUCUCUAGUGUAAUGUUUGCUGGGAUAAUAAAAAAGGCAAAAUUCAAACCUUU